AUGGCAGCAAAUCCCUCUUUUGAAGAUCUAGCUGAUCAUGAAGCGACAGACCGAGGCUUCAUCGCCGCACUAGAACCCGGCAUCAUCAAAGAUGCCACGGGGAAAGUGGUCUGGAACAUUGACGCCUAUGAUUUCAUGAAAGCUGAAUGCCCAUCCACAGCGCACCCCAAUCUCUGGCGCCAAGGUCAACUUAACUCCAAACAUGGACUAUACGAGAUUUGCGAAGGAAUUUAUCACGUCCGCGCUUACGAUCUCUCAAACAUGACAAUCGUAGAAGGCAAAGAGGGAAUCAUCAUCAUCGACCCUUUGGUCUCAUGUGAGUGUGCCGCCGCUGGGUUGGCUUUAUACCAAGAGCACCGCGGAAAGGGCAAGAAGGUGACGGGCAUGAUCUACUCCCACUCGCAUGGAGAUCAUUACAUGGGCGCUGGGGGUGUGAUCGCUCAGGACGCGGACAUCCCCAUCAUCGCACCGGAGGGUUUCCUCGAAGCCAUCAUGAGUGAGAGCAUCCUUGCCGGGCCGGCAAUGCGCAAGCGCGGGGCACGUAUGUACGGAAACGCACUACCGCGCAGCGCGACGGGUCAAAUCGGCACUGGACUGGGAAUGGGAUCAAGCGUCGGGACGACUAGUCUCAUCCCGCCCAACCUGCUCAUCCAAGAAACAGGCGAAGUACACGAAGUGGACGGCGUGAAGAUUGUUUUCCAGAUGGUUCCUGGAUCCGAGGCGCCGGCCGAAAUUAAUUUCCAUUUCCCUGAUUUCAAAGCGCUCUGUAUCCCUGAGACAGCGACAAAUUGUAUGCACAAUAUUGUUACGCUUCGGGGUGCGCAGGUGCGGGAUGCGAAAGCUUGGUCUGGGUAUCUGGAUGAAGCGGUUGUUAUGUUCGGCCGGGACUCGGAUGUGCUCUUUGGCAGUCAUAAUUGGCCGACUUGGGGCCGCAAGGAGCUUGUUACAAGGCUUGAGGAGCAAAGGGAUUUGUAUGGAUAUUUGCAUGACCAGACGGUUCGGAUGAUGAAUCUGGGUAUGACUGGCAUUGAGAUUGCGGAGAUUAUGCAGCUUCCUCCGGCGAUCUCGAGGGCCUGGCAUUGUCGUGGGUUCUAUGGAUCUUUAAGUCAUAAUGUGAAGGGUAUCUACCAAAAAUACAUGACUUGGUUCGAUGGGCGCCCUGAGAACUUGUGGAAGUACCCUCCAACUGAAGAAGGACAGCGCUAUGUGGAGUGUUUCGGGGGUGUCGAUGGUCUAUGUGACAAGGCCGAAACGUUCAUUCAAAGAGGCGACAAUCGGUUCGCAGCAACCAUCUUGGCGCAUGCCGUGGCCGCAAACCCUGCAAACCCAGAAAACCGAGCCAAACUACUGCUUGCCUCUGCAUACGAAGCUUUGGGAUUUGGAUCAGAGAAUGCAACAUGGCGCAACUUUUACCUUACCAGCGCCCAAGAGCUUCGAAAUGGCGCCAGGGCCGGCAUGGUCGCAGGUGGUCGGACACAACUUGGAGAGAAGCUGAGUAUCGACCAGUGGUUCGAGGUUAUGUCCGUGCAAGUAGAUGGAGAAAAGGCGGCAGAACUAUCUUUUGUUAUUGAUUUCGAUGUCACUGACGUGAAAGAAAAGUGGCGGUUGAUCUUGAACAAUGGUGUUCUCACCCGACGCCAGCUGCUUACCACGGAUCAACUCCAAGAUGCAAAGGAGAAUGUUGCCGAUUUUGCAAUGAUUCUAACUCGGAUGGAGCUUCUUGAGGUUAUCCGAGGCAACAAGGUCGGUGUUGAGACAACGGGUAGUUCUCAAGCAUUGGAACAGUUGCUGGAUUUAGUUCUGGUGCAGGAAGGGUCUGCUCGUGGGCCUAGUCAGCUAUGA